AUGCCACGAUCCGAAGGUUACGGCACACUGCCAUCGACGGAGCCUCGACUCAGUGAGGAUCAACCUUCGACGGCAUCAAUUCACGCUCGACCUGUUCUAUCAGAGCCGAAGACGCCGGGAUGGACAGCACGCUUGCACGAUCAUCUACACGUGGAUGUCAAUAACAGAUGGGCCGACAUACCUCUGCUGUUAUGUUACUUUAUCACUGGCUUGCUGGAUACGGCCAGUGUCACAACAUGGGGCAGUUUUGCUAGCAUGCAGACCGGAAACACAAUCUACCUAGGCUACGGUAUCGUAGCACCCUCCGAGAGCAAUCGGUGGAUUCGCGCGGCGGUCUCUCUGGUAAGCUUCUCGGUGGGAAGCUUUCUCUUUGCUCGAUUUCAUCGCUUCUUUUCGCCAAGAAGACGAUGGGUGCUGCUCUUGUCAUACAUUAUACAGACAUUAUUGAUUGGAGCUGCAGCGCUCAUGGUUACGCUGGGACCUCGAACCACCAAAGAUGGCCCGAUUACUUCAUGGGUGCUGGUCCCCAUCGCGCUGAUAGCAUUGCAGUCGUCCGGCCAAGCUUUCAUGAGUCGAGUACUGAAAUUUGGAAGUUUGACCAGUGUCGUGCUGACAUCGAUUUACUGCGAUCUCUGGGCCGACGAGAAACUAUUCGCGGGGAUCAUUGCGAACACCGAGAGAAACCGACGAGUGGCAGCGCCUAUCAUGUUGCUGUGUGGAGCCGUUGUCGCGGGCGUGUGCGAGCGAGCUGAGGUCGGCAUUGCGGGCGCUCUGUGGAUGGCCGCUGGUUUGAAGGCCAUCAUAAUCGUUCUAUGGUGGUUCUGGAGAGAGGAUGAGCUGAGUUCCUAG